CUCUAUCCCAGAGGAUAUGGGUACAAGGCUCGAUGCUGCUACCAGUGUGGGCAUGUUUGUCCUUGUUAAAAAUUCCUAACGGGAAUUGCAUGCAAGGAGUAUGAAACAGAACUCCGGUGUUAUAACAACUGUUGUUGCCUUGCCCAGUGAGGAUAAAAGAAUACGUUUUUUUAUUAAUUCAUUGCCUUAAAUGGCUUAAAAAGCUUACGGAUCCCAAAGUUAAAACCUUUUUGGGAAAUGGCUGCUAGCCUGCUACAUCCCUUUAACUGUAAGAUGAAAAAUGUUUUGUUUGUACAGAAUGUUGGACAUGAAUGAGAUUGAUCCAAUGAUAUUCCAACCAUUUGGUGCUGGUCCACGUAACUGUAUUGGAAUGAGAUUUGCACUUCUUGAAAUUAAAAUCACUUUCGCAAAACUUCUGCAGAAAUUUUAUCUCGAUGUUUGUGAAGAUACCCCUGCCUCUCCAUUGGACGUGACGUUCAAAAUGAGCAUGAAACCAAAAGAUCAAAUAUUCCUUAAAGUUACUAAAAUAAACGAGUAAAAAGUGGUGUCUUUUAAACCUUGGUCUUGACCAUAUUGUCAUAUAGCAUGAUAAUUGAAACCAUUUGGUUUGUAUACUUUAACCAGUUAAAUAAUGUCCUUUAAACUAUUAAGGAAUAUUUAAAUAAAUUGUCCAGUGUUUUUGUUAAAAGUUUUGAUUUUUCUUUAAUUCUGUUGAUAUAAUUUUGAUAAAGAUCAUUUUACAUUUUUGGUUACUUUCUACCAUGUUGAUCAGUAUUUUCUAACAGUUUUCCUUAAAGCUUUCUUCUUUACAAUGUAUUGUUUGGUGUUGAGACAGAAUGGCUCUUAAAAAUUAAAAUUAAAAUGAUAAAAAUAGAAUUACUAAUAUAGCAGUAAAUUUUAUUGUGAUACUAUAGACUAUUUCUUAUAUUUAAAAUAUUUAACGAAUGAGAAUCUGUCUUAUAUAUGAUAAUGUGUAUGCUAUAAUGCAUUUUAAACUAAUGUUAGUUGUUGCAG